AUGCCCGAGCAGCUCAGCGUCGCCGAGUUCCUGGCCGUCACCGCGGAGGACCUCAGCUCCCCGGCCGGGGCCGCUGCCUUUGCCGCCAAGAUGCCCCGGUGCCGGGGGGCGGCACUGGCGCGGGAGGAGAUGCUGGAAGGAGACCAGGCCAUCUUGCAGAGAAUAAAGAAGGCUGUGAGGGCGAUCCACAGCUCCGGCCUUGGCCAUGUGGAGAAUGAGGAGCAGUACCGAGAGGUCAUAGAGUCCUUAGGCAACAGCCACUUGUCCCAAAACAGUCAUGAGCUGUCCACUGGCUUCCUGAACUUGGCCGUGUUCACCCGUGAGGUGGCUGCACUUUUCAAGAACCUGGUUCAAAACCUGAACAACAUCGUCUCAUUCCCCCUGGACAGUCUAUUGAAGGGGCAACUGAGGGACGGGCGACAGGAUUCCAAAAAGCAGCUGGAGAAGGCGUGGAAGGACUAUGAAGCCAAAAUGGCCAGGCUGGAGAAGGAGAGGGACCGGGCCCGGGUGACAGGAGUGGCACCUGGGGAGGUGGCCCAGGACACUCAGAGAGAGCGGCGCGUCUUCCAGCUGCACAUGUGUGAGUAUCUGCUGAGAGCCGGGGAGAGCCAGCUGAAGCAGGGUCCCGAUUUCCUGCAGAGCCUCAUCAAGUUCUUCCACGCCCAGCACAACUUUUUCCAAGAUGGCUGGAAGGCCGCUCAGAGCCUGUCCCCCUUCAUCGAGAAGCUGGCAGCCUCUGUACAUGCGCUCCGUCAAGCCCAAGAGGAGGAGCUCCAGAAGCUGAUCCGGCUCCGGGACUCCCUCCGAGGGACACUGCAGCUUGACAGCAGAGAGGAGACUCUGAGCCGGAAGAACUCGGGAGGCGGCGGCGGGGGCUACAGCAUCCAUCAGCACCAAGGCAACAAGCAGUUUGGGACGGAGAAGGUGGGCUUUCUCUACAAGAAGAGUGACGGAAUUCGAAGAGUCUGGCAGAAAAGGAAGUGUGGAGUCAAGUAUGGCUGCCUGACCAUCUCCCACAGCACGAUAAACCGGCCCCCAGUGAAGCUGACCCUGCUGACGUGCCAAGUGAGGCCAAACCCUGAGGAGAAAAAGUGCUUUGACCUGGUGACCCACAACAGGACAUACCACUUCCAGGCAGAAGAUGAACAUGAGUGUGAGGCGUGGGUGUCAGUGUUACAGAACAGCAAGGAUGAGGCCUUGAGCAGUGCCUUCCUCGCGGAGCCCAGUGGCGGUGGCCCGGGACCCUGGGGAGGCGCCGGGCUGGACGGGGAGCCCCAGGACCUCACGAAGCUGCUCAUCGCCGAGGUGAAGAGCAGGCCCGGGAAUGGCCAGUGCUGCGACUGCGGGGCUGCAGACCCCACGUGGCUCAGCACCAACCUGGGCGUGCUCACCUGCAUCCAGUGCUCGGGCGUCCACCGCGAGCUGGGCGUGCGCUUCUCGCGCAUGCAGUCCCUCACCUUGGACCUGCUGGGCCCCUCCGAGCUGCUGCUGGCCUUGAACAUCGGAAACACGCGCUUCAAUGAGGUUAUGGAGGCCCAGCUGCCAGCACAAGGCGGCCUUAAACCCUCAGCUGAGAGUGACAUGAGCACGCGCAGGGACUACAUCGUGGCCAAGUAUGUGGAACACAGGUUUGCCCGCCGGUCCACACCCGAGCCUCAGAGACUCCGAACGGCCAUUUGCAACCGGGACCUCCUGUCAGUACUGGAGGCCUUUGCUAAUGGGCAGGACUUUGGACAGCUGCUGCCUGGGCCUGAGGGACAGGCACCUGGAGAGCUCGCCCUGCACUUGGCCAUCAGAGUCGCCAGCCCUGCCUCCUUGCCCCUGGUGGACUUCAUCAUCCAGAAUGGAGGUCACCUGGAUGCCAAGGCUGCUGACGGGAACAGCGCUCUGCACUGGGCUGCUCUCUACAACCAACCUGACUGCCUCAAGCUGCUGCUGAAAGGGAGAGCUUCGCUCGGCGCAGUGAACGAGGCAGGAGAGACAGCUCUGGACAUAGCCAGGAAGAAGCAGCACAAGGAGUGUGAGGAGCUGCUGGAGCAGGCCCAGGCUGGGACCCUCUCCUUCCCUCUGCACGUGGACUACAACUGGGGAAUCUCCCCUGAGCCUGGCUCUGACAGUGAGGAGGAUGAGGAAGAGAAGCGCUCUCCUCUGAAGCCUCCAGCCCAGGCCCGCUGGGCCAGCGGGAGGGUCGACCUCAGCAAUAAAACCUAUGAGACCGUCGCCAGCCUGGGAUCAGCUGCCCCUCAGAGCCAGAGUGAGGCCUGCCCCCCACCCUUGCCGGUCAAAAACCCUUCUCGGACCAUGGUCCAAGGGCGUGCAGGACAUGCCAGCGGAGAUCGUUCUGAAGUCCCCGGCCUGAGCCCUCAGGAGCCCUGCGGGGCCCCUGAGAGCCCGGGCCGUCCAGUCUCCACCUCUUCCACCCUCACAAACCCCGUGGACGCUGCGGGUCCCAGCCAAACCCCACCCAGCUCUGAGGAGGGCCCCUCCCGACCCAGCCUGACAUCUGGAAGCACCCCUGCAGAGAUGUAUCCCCCGGUCAGGUUCAGCUCCGAGAGCACUCGCUCGUAUCGGCGGGGUGGGCUGGAGCCUGAAGACUGUCCCUCAGCCAGGCAGCCUCUGCCCACAAGGAACAUGCUGGUUGGCUUCACUGAAGGAGAGGACUCCAGGAGAGGGGUUCUCCUGGAAACUCUGCACAGCUUUUGCAAAGCUAGCUCCUUGCUGGUCCUUGCAUGCCAGAACUAGCACCCAUGUGGGACCCCAAUGUUCAGUGCUAGGACUUGA